AUGCGCUUCCUCUGUUUCGGCAAGAAGCCCAAACCCACAACUGCUACGCCCAUCCGCGUGAUUCCCGCGCCAUCGCCCCCACCGAGCAUGUCGCAGCAGAAGACCUCUAUCAACGAAGCCGAAGAGAGCAAGAAUCGUGUUUACGACUUGCCGAGCCAUGUCAGAGUCGAUCCGCCCAAGGCUACCCCGAAGCCAGCGGUGAGGAGCAGUGGGGGUGGGUACGGUGGCUCUUAUAGCACGACUUCGUAUACGUCGGGCUAUAGUGGAGGGGAUGGAGGAUGCAGCAGCAGCGGUGGUGAUGGAGGAGGCGGUGGAGGCGGCGGUGGUGGUGGCGACGGCGGAGGAGGAUGCUGA